GAAAUGUUGUGGAUUCUAUGGCAGCUUGCUUCGCGUUAGCUGCCUUGUAACAUCCAUCGGUGCUUCGUUAUCACUUCUGCAGCCCAACAAUGAUUCCGUUUACCGUAAACAUUAAGCUGUCCACUCGCACCCUUACAGGGGCCCUGACCCAGCACAACAAGGGGGCGCUGGACUGGGGUUGUCAAGGUCUCAUUGCAUACGGCUGUCAUUCCCUUGUCCUUGUGGUAGAUCCAAGCUCUGCACAGACCCUUCAAGUCUUAGAAAAGCACAAAGCCAAUGUGGUCAAGGUCAAAUGGGCCAGGGAGAAUUACCACCACAAUUUGGGAUCCCCAUACGCCCUGCGCUUGGCAUCUGCUGAUGCCAGUGGGAAAAUUGUUGUCUGGGAUGUUAUGUCGGGGACAACAAGAUGUGAAAUACAAGAGCAUUCAAAGCCCAUCCAUGACAUGCAGUGGCUCUGGAGCCAGGAUGCAUCUCGUGAUCUGCUCUUAGCUGUUCAUCCCCCCAACCUCAUUGUGCUCUGGAAUGCAGACACUGGCACCAAACUGUGGAAGAAAAGCUAUGCUGAAAACAUCCUGUCUUUUUCCUUCAAUCCUUUCCAGCCUUCUCAGCUUGCCUUGCUGACCAGCGAGGGGAUUGUGUUUGUGUCUGACUUUUCACCCUCCAAACCACCUACAAGCACCGGACGAAAAGUGUAUAUAUCCAGCCCCCAUGCCAGUCCGGCUCACUCCAAGCCAACUACUGCAACUGGUGCCAAGAAGGCACUCAACAAGGUUAAGGUUCUUAUCACUAAUGAGAAACCCAGUGCAGAGGCAGUGACACUUAAUGAGUGUUUGCAACUCUCAUAUUUGCCUUCCAAACGCAACCACAUGCUGUUACUUUACCCGCGGGAGAUCUUGAUCUUGGACCUGGAGGUCAACCAAACUGUUGGAGUGGUAGCCAUCGAGAGGACUGGUGUUCCUUUCUUGCAGGUCACCCCAUGCUUUCAAAGGGAUGUGCUUUUUUGUCUCCACGAGAAUGGCUGCAUCACCCUGCGUGUUGGAAGACAAAGCUGUGGCAGCUCAGGAGCACCAAACGAGGAGGCAGACUCUGAUGCUGUGCAGGAGAUGACUUAUGAUCUGCGCUGCCAGUGUGAUGCCAUCCGAGUCACAAAGACAGUGCGCCCAUACAGCAUAACAUGCAGUCCCAUCAAUGAGAAUGCAGUUGCCUUGGUGAUUAGUGAUGGUCGAGUGAUGAUAUGGGAGCUGAAGUCCAGUGUACUGGGGAGGAGGACACGAAAUGCUGGCACUGCCGCUUUAUACGCUCCACAUUCAUUCUGUGGGAAACCAGUGGGACCUCUUCAAAGAAAAGUCAAUGACCUUUCACUGGACAGUAUGAUUGCUGGGCAGAGCAUGCAGGCUGGUGACGCUCAGCUAUCUGGUUCCCUUCUUCAAGAAGUCCACCUGAAGUUUCUCCUUACUGGCCUCCUCUCUGGGCUACCCCAGCCACCGUUUGUGGUGAGAAUGUGUCCUCCACUAACUACCAAGAACAUUACACAGUACAAGCCCCUGCUGGCCAUAGGUACCAGUAAUGGCUCUGUCUUUGUCUACAACCUGACCAGUGGACUGCUGCACAAAGAGUUAAACAUACAUUCCUGUGAGGUCAGGGCCAUUGAAUGGACCAGCCUCACCAGUUUCCUCUCUUUUGCUACAUCUACUCCAAAUAACCUUGGUCUGGUGAGGAACGAGCUUCAGCUGGUGGACCUUCUCACAGGAAGGAGUCUACCGUUUAGAGGGGAGAGGGGUAAUGAUGAACAGCCCAUGGAGAUGAUUAAAGUGUCUCAUCUCAAGCAGUACCUAGCAGUUGUGUUUAAAGACAAACCAUUGGAAUUAUGGGAUAUUCGGACCUGCACUCUGCUCCGUGAGAUGUCUAAAAGCUUUCCAACGGUGACAGCUCUGGAAUGGUCCCCAUCUCACAACUUGAAGAGUCUCAGGAAGAAACAGAUGGCAGCCCGUGAGGCAAUGGCUCGUCAGACUGUCUCCUCAGACACAGAGCUGAACAGCGUAGAGUCUUCAGUUAUUAGUCUGUUACAGGAGGCUGAGAGCAAAUCCGAGAUAAGCCAGAAUAUCUCUGCGCGAGAGCACUUUGUGUUCACGGACACGGAUGGCCAAGUUUAUCACCUGACUGUGGAAGGGAACUCUGUUAAAGACAGUGCCAGGAUCCCACCCGAUGGAAGCAUGGGCAGUAUUUCCUGUAUCGCCUGGAAGGGAGACAACCUGGUCCUGGGAGACGUGGAUGGAAAUUUAAACUUCUGGGAUUUAAAAGGCCGCGUCUCCAGAGGAGUUCCUACUCACAGAAACUGGGUAAGGAAGAUCCGUUUUGCCCCAGGGAAAGGCAACCAGAAGCUGAUAGUCUUGUACAAUGAUGGCGCUGAAGUGUGGGACACUAAGGAGAUUCAGAUGGUGAGUAGCCUACGCACCGGGAGAAAUGUGAAUUACCGCGUCCUGGACGUUGAUUGGUGCUCGUCUGAUAAAGUGGUCCUAGCCUGUGAUGACGGCUGCAUCCGAGUGCUGGAGAUGUCCAUGAAAUCGUCCUGCUUUCGAAUGGAUGAACAGGAACUCAUUGAUCCAGUCUGGUGUCCAUACCUGCUACUCCCAAGGGCAUCUUUAGUGCUCAAAGCUUUCCUUCUUCACCAGCCUUGGAGUGACAAAUGUUCUUUGGAUAUUACUAAUGUUGAUUAUCCAGAGCAUGAUGACAUGAAGAUCUUAAUCCAGGAGCAGAUCAAUUCUUUGUCCAAUGAUGUCAAAGAGUUGCUUCUGGACCCCGAGUUUACCCUCUUGCAAAGGUGUCUGCUAGUGGCAAGAUUAUACGGAGAUGAGUCUGAUCUGCAUUUUUGGACUGUGGCAUCUCAUUACCUGCAAGUGUUCCAACAAAAGGCAUCAAACACCAGUAUCUCAGCAAACCCCUUGGAUAUUUGUUAUGAUCUUCUGUGUGAGAAUGUUUACUUUCAGAAAUUCCAGCUGGACAGAGUUUGUCUCCAAGAAGCAAAACGUUCCAGCUAUGAACACACCAGAAAAUGCGCUGACCAGCUUCUCCUCCUAGGACAGACAGAUCGAGCAGUUCAGCUUCUGCUGGAAACAAGUGCUGACAACCCACAUUAUUACUGUGACUCCUUGAAGGCUUGCUUGGUCACUACUGUCACAUCCUCUGGACCUUCCCAGAGCACCAUCAAACUGGUGGCAACCAACAUGAUAGCCAAUGGGAAACUGGCAGAGGGGGUUCAGCUUCUGUGUCUGAUAGACAAAGCUGCAGAUGCCUGCCGUUACCUGCAGACAUAUAAUGAGUGGAACCAUGCAGCCUGGCUGGCUAAGGUGCGGCUAAACUCAGAAGAGUGUACAGAGGUCCUCAAACGAUGGGUGGACCACCUCUGCUCCCCACAGAUUAAUCAGAAAUACAAAGCAAUCCUUGUUCUCCUUUCUCUAGGCUGCUUUCAAAGAGUCAUUGAGAUGCUACAUAGCAUGAGGUGUUUUGACCGUGCUGCCUUGUUUCUGGAAGCCUGUCUGCGCUGCUCAGCAAUGGAAAUUGGUGAUGAAACGAAUAAACUUAUCUCCGCUGUGUAUGCAGACUACGCGCGCAACCUGCGUGCAUUGGGAUUCUCACAAGGAGCCUUGCGGUUUGCUCUGAAGGCAGGCGAUGCUGGCUUAGAGUUGGUGACUGAGCUUCAGAAUCUAAAGGUGGCAGAAGAGAAAUAAGCAAUGCCCAUUAUAAGACUUUCAACACCAGGAUUUGGUCAUGUCGUAGUGGGGAAUUAAUGAUGACAAGUCGUAUAUGUGUCUCCCACCAUCUCAUAUUGUCAUGUUUAUCCCACUAGGUGGUGAAAGAUGGACCAAUCCAAUAUACUUUACUCUGUACAUUACACAGGGAUUGCACACCCAAUGCCACUCGGUUUUAAUUGUAACUUUGAUCUGGUUGUGACCAAAUAUCCCAUACCCAUAUAUUCAACAACUGUUAAGGCGCAUACUAUUCCUCCUACAACAAUAUGGGGAAAUUGAUCCAAUAUUUUAACUAAAUCUAGAUCCCCAGAUGUAAUUUGGCUUGCAGUUCAUGCAUUUAGGUCCAAGACGAGUAUGCCCAACAGUGUAGGCUCUCUUUUCUCCUUUGCUGAGUACAGGUGGCCUUUCAUUGGUACUGGUAAUAAAAACAGGUCCGCAUUGAUCCGCCUGUGCUCAUCUGAGCAGAUCUAGAAAAUCAGCCUUUUGAGGGCAUUUGAGGAACUUGAUUUGUUCAAAAUACAUGUUUCUUUUUUUUCUUACGAAAUGAUUCUAAUCAGAAUACUAAUGGCUCUUAAAAUGCAGCUUGGUAGAACAUUUACCACUAGUGCUUAUAGUAUUUUACAGAUGUUGCAAAGUCGUGAUUUUUUUGUAAUUAUUUAAUGGGAUUUGUCUGUGUGCUUGUUUAUUUUUCUAUUUAUUUGUUUCUGCCCUGAUUAUUCAAGAUCAACUUUAAAGGCAUCCAAGGUGUCUUCUCAGCCUCCUGUAGUGACCAAAUGAUACUUGUAAAACAGAGGUUUUUGUGUUUGUUUUUAAAAACUGCACUUUAAUGUUACAUGCAUAAUACAGGAUACAUGAACUGGAAAGGUCCCAGUAUUAAAUGGAUGCUGUGUUAUUGUGA